AUGAAAGCGUCCAUCCAUCGCUUCCGACUCCAACAGACAUCACCACCGGAGAGCACCGGUCGGCGCCGCUCUGCUUCGCCCGUCGCGGCGCGGGACGCUGCCUCCGCUUCUGCUUUCGCUGGUGUUGGUGCUGGGCGGCUCUCCAGUCCUCCCUCGCGCAAGGGAUCUUUUGCUGGGGGCUCCUUCAAGAAGAAAUGCAGCAGGACAUUCCCGGUGUGCGAACUGUGCAACGCAGCAGAACAGAAAUGUUCCUACUCCAAUCCGACGAACAUUGCCGAGGGCAGAGCGCUCCAGCUAGAUGCCAGGGUCCAAUGGCUGAGCCAGUACAUCAACGACAACCUCCUUUCUCAUGGGUGCAUUGAGGCCAUCGAGACGGGAACAGACCUCGCACUGGUCGACGAGACAUCGCCACUGGACCAUGGGAGCGUCAGCGCGACCGCCAGCCAUGCCUCCUACCAUGCGUCCAUGACCACGAACAGCUCGAAAGGAUACAGCGACCAGGCGAUGCCUGCGGACGCUGCGGCGCGACGGUUCGUGGACGCGUACUUUCGCAACGUCAACCGGGCGUUUCCCUGUGUCCACCAGUCCAAGAUCCUCGCCGACCUGGACAAACCGCAGGAGUUUAUGAAACGAAAACGAGAGGCAGGCUCGACCUUGCUAUAUCUCAUCAUGGCCAUUGGUGCCUCCACGCUGGAGCGCGCCGGCCAGGCGCCCAGGGGUACCUUGCGACGGUUCGACGUGGCCUACUCUGACAUUAUACAGGAGCUUCUUCAUUGGGACACCAUUGAGUCGAUACAGAUCCUCGCACUACUUGCGCUCUACUCGCUCUUCGACACGCUGGGUUUCUCGUCGUACUCCAUUGUGGGCAUCGCAGCGAGACAGGCCACACUCUUGGGCCUCACGCGUCGCCCGACUGAGGAGUUGGGUCUGACGCCAGCCGAGGCUAAGCUGCGUUACCGACUAUACUGGAGCAUCCUUGCGUUGGACCGCAUGAUGGCCAUCUCCCAUGGGCUCCCAGUCGCCCUAACUGACGACAAUGCCGACGUCCCGCUCCUAGGCCUCACGAUCGAGUAG